ACUAUUCAGCCUCAUCGAGGAAGGCUACCACUCAACGAACCCCUAUCAUAACGCAAUACAUGCCGCCGAUGUCACCCAGGCGAUGCAUUGCUUCCUAUCGCAAGCUCGCAUCCGUGAACACAUGACACCACAAGAGAUCCUGGCAUCUCUACUGGCGGCCAUUGCGCAUGACAUGGACCAUCCGGGGGUCAACCAGCCUUUCCUGAUCGCCACGUCUAACCAUCUGGCUGCUCUAUAUAGGAACACGUCGGUACUUGAGAAUCACCACUGGCGCUCGGCCAUCAGCUGCCUCAUCGAGAGUGACGUCCUCGGCGAAGGCAGCGCUCUGCAAGCGCCCCUCGAGGCGCAGAUCAGCUCGCUGAUCCUCGCCACCGACAUCACCCGCCAGCAGGAGUAUCUGAGCCGGUUCAAGGGUCAUCUGGAUACCAACACACUGGAUAUGACCAAGAAAGAACACCGUCACCUGGUGCUGCAGAUCGCCCUGAAGUGUGCGGACAUUUCCAACCCCUGCCGACCCUGGGAGAUCAGCCGCAAGUGGAGCCUCAAGGUCUGCGAGGAAUUCUUCCGCCAGGGAGACUACGAGAGGCAGCUCAACCUGCCUGUGACACCUCUGUGCGACCGAUACAAUACAUCUAUACCCAAGAUUCAAACAGGGUUCUUCAUGUACGUAGUCACACCGCUGAUAUCCGAAUGGCACAGAUUCUUGCACAACGAUCUCUCGACGCAAAUGCUUAAAAAUCUUCUGUACAACCAGAAGAAAUGGGAGUCCCUCUUGGAACAGGAGGAGGCUGAGGAGAACGGCACCGAGAUACCAAUACCAGAGGAUGAAACGCCCGAGGAGGAGAGCGAGCCUGCCUUAUCCGACAGUUCGGAGAUGCUAUUGCCACGUAGGAGCUCCUUGAACCCAACCCAAGUCAAGCAAAAUGGAUUAAAAGAUCAAUUGCGUCGUUUCUCAGUUCCGCUCAACAUGCGUUCGGAAAAACUCAAGAGGGGCUCACUCGCUGCAGCAGAAGGAAUCACGCCGUGUGAAAGCGAGCAUUCGCUCCACUGCGACGCGUCUGAUAAAGUUGAAAAGGUUUUGAGCACAGAGAACCUGCUGCCGAAUACUACUAUAGCCUCAAUUACGACCCCCAAGCAGGCGACUCGGCUGAACACCGUCUUCAAAGACGGCUGCACUUGGAAGUUGGUGCGGCAGCAGACGUUCCCGCCGCUAGACCCGCACGCUCGCCUGCACGGGUACUUCUCCCGCGAGCACCAAGAUAAAAGCGACGAGCCUGUUCUUUGCUCUCGCUUCAGAUCCGAGGCUUGGUUGAAUGACGGUAAAACUGAUGGGAAAUCUGACGAUAGGCUAAAAGAGUUUAAGAAGAAAGAGACAGAGAAGACUGUAAGUGAUGGCUCGCCGACUAAUGGUACGUCAUCUGCUGAGGCGUCGCCGGCGCGUCGCAAGGAGAACUGGAUUCCGAUCGUGAAGCCGCUGGGCGCGAUCCGCCGGGAGUCGGCCGUCGGCAGCCAGCUGCGGGACAACAUCACGUCGUUCCAGCUCGGCGCUCCGUAUGAUGCGCUGUGCCGCAGGAAAUCCAUGCCAGCUGAUACCAUCACUCUCCCCGCCACCCUAAAAGAUUCUCUAAUGUGCGAGAUGGCAGAAGUCCUCUCGCUGCCGCAAUUCCUGCGUCGCACGCUGUCCAACAAAGACGCUCUGACUCGCCGCAGGGGCUCCGCGCCCGCGCCCAUAGCCGUCUCAGACCUCGGUCUGCUCGCGCUGGCUUCGCGAAGCAGCAAUGGGGGCCGAAGGAAGCCCCCCGUGGGCCCCGUGGGCCCCGUGGCCUGCCAGGUGUGGGCCAGCAGGGGGGCAGGGGGCUACCCGCCGGAGCGCGUCCCUCGCCUCCCCCGCCGCAGCUCGUUGCCCGUUGAGGUGCUUACAGGUAUAUAAGACCCCAGACGAGCCACCGAAACCGGACGAGGAGGCAACGGAACCAAAAUAAAUUUGCUCAGAGUCAGGGAGGGUUGCUCAAAAUAAUGUAUUCUUUGCAUUCCGCGCGGAUGCGUGUGCCAAGGGCUUUGUACAGUUACUAUCUAUGAACACACCUGGACGCAUUGUUUAUACAGCAACAUGAGCAAGAAAACUUACGGUCAAAACAUAUAACUCGAAAUUAAAAUGUUUGAUGAGUAUGUCUGGACUGAAAUUGGAUUUAGCAAUGGAAUCCAGUCCUGGUUUAAAUGUUGGUAGCAGAUAAAUCACACAUAGACGUAGAGAAACAAUGUGCACUAGAUUCUCCGUAUAUUCAUUAGUCGAGUUAAUUGGUCGUAUGUUUUCCAACCUGGAUAUUCUGAAUGUAGUUCUGUGUGGUUUGUAGUGUACAGUUAAAUAUUGUAGGUAAUGUUAAAACUUGAACAUAUAAUUAUGUGUGUAAAUAUUACUAUUAAUAUUGUUAUCACAUAGCUCAAUAUUUUUAGACCCAAACCUUCUAUCUUGGACCUUUUAUAUCUUCUACAACUUUACACUAUUUACACCCUUACCUUUAGACCACAGUAUUGCUAUGUUUUGACAGCUUUCUCCCUUUCUUAGGACAAAGUUUACUUUUAUUUUGAUUGACAUAUUAGUACAAAUGAUGUUCUGUGAAUAUUGUGUUACUUUUAAGCGUUCUUAUGUAUGUGCAGUGUGUUCAAAUUUUAUUUUGAUAACAAAUGGUACCUUUUCGCACGCAGUCUCAGUUAACAUAUGCUUUCUUUCUGACUAGUGCUAGUGUGGACAAGUCGCGUGGAGAAUUUUAAAAUUAUUUAAAAAUAACCUUAGUACUCUAAAUUGUUGUUAGUAAUUGAACAUAUUAAGAGUCUCAUAAUCAGUAAAUAAAAAUAGUCAUAGUUGUAAGUUAUCGGAAGUAAGAUAAAGAGUAGAAGCUCUUUUUGAGCCAAUGGCGUUGUGGUUCAUCUAUUUUAGUUAUUUUGAAUUGUAUUGGAAAACGUGUUCAGUAUUAAUUACCAUACAUAUUCUCGCAUCGCUCGAUCUCAACAUUGAGUAUUUUGUUUAACAAAAUUUUAAUUAAUCGAGCAUGGGU